AACGCCCUAAAGGCACUUGAGACCCUGACGUACGAGAAAGGAUCGACCCAAGUCACCGAGGAUACCUGCGCUAUUUGCCAAGAUGAUUACGAGUGUGGCCAAGAACUCACGCGUCUCCCUUGCAAGCAUGACUUCCAUUCUGCUUGCGUUCUGCCCUGGCUGAAGAAAGUUAACACAUGCCCGUCAUGCCGCCAUGAGCUUGAAGCGGCA